CGGCUUCCAUUUCCACCAUCCGCUCUCGGCUUUUAAAGGACGAUGGGUUGCUGCGGCGACGAAGAAAACGACGACGAUAUCCUCAACCCUCUCAGCCCCACCUCCUCCACCACCACCCAAACCCGAGACGACUCGUCGUCCUCCUCCUCCGACGGCCACACCUCCAUAUCCCCGAUGAACUCUCACUUCUCGGCCCUGGCCUGCCGCGACACCCUCCGCCUCAUCUUCGAGAAGCUUCCGAUCCCCGACCUCGCUCGCUCCAGCUGCGUCUGCCGCGCCUGGAACUCCGUCGCCUCCGAUCAAGAGAUCGUCGCCAACGCCUUCAAAUCGCCGUGGAAGCUCAAGGACGUCGUCGGAAAACCCGCCUCCGGAAGCUUCUGGAGAGAUAACAGCCUCGGCAAAUUCGCCAUCUCGCACCGAAUUGCCCGCGGCGAUAGCGUCGCGAGCCUCGCCGUCAAGUAUUCCGUUCAGGUGAUGGACAUAAAGCGCUUGAACAACAUGAUGAGCGAGCAUGGAAUCUACUCGAGGGAGAGGUUGUUGAUUCCGAUAAGCGAUCCUGAAAUGCUUGUGGGAGCUACCUGCUAUGUCGAAGUGGAUCCCUGUGCUAAGAGAGAAGUUGCGGUGUUGUAUUUGGAAGAUGGUCCUGACCAGAAAUCAAUGAGCUCUUGCUCUUUGUCGCAGAAGAGUGCCGACAGCAGUGGCUUGAAUUCUGAGCUAGGCAAGAAGAGGGUUCUUGAGUCUCUGAGGAGAAGCAUGCAGGUUGAUGAUGCCACUGCUCUGUACUACUUGUCCAUUGCUGAUGGGGAUCCGAGAGCUGCAUUGUCUCAGUUCUCGCAGGACCUUAGGUGGGAGACUCAUUCGGCCUUUGCUUAAAGCAUUGCAAGCCAGUCUUUCCAUUUGUGUCAAUGUUUCAAGAUUACUACUUUAUAUCAAUGAAUCAGUGUCUGUGUUAUAUAAAAUCGUGUAAAUCUCUACCUAAGCUGUAACUUGGGAUUGUCCAUCCCCAUUGUUAAAUGUUAAUGAUAACAUAUAUCAUUUGUGUUCGGAAAGA